GUCUCGUUGGAAACAGCUGAAGGUGGGGCGAAUCGGGAGUUUCGUUGCGAUUGUGAAUAUGCAAAGCCACCGGGCAGCCGUCCGUGACGCUCUUCAUGUGCUCGUUUCGGGUAGUUUACGAUUUUUGUAUCCAUCAGCGUCUCAAUGCAAAUAAGCAGCCGGAGCGAGUGUUUUCAUGCGGUGUGAGUGUCUGAGUGAAACUGCAGCACGGACUUCAGUGUGUUGCAUGAUUGUAGGUGCUGAAAUCAAACCUGCAGCGUAAAUCUACACCGAGAGACACGCUGUAUAGUGUCAUAUGGAGAAAACCAGAUGAUCUUUGCCAGGGAAAGGUAUCCAGUAGCAGUUGUCGUAGCCACAUCCUAGAGCCCCGUUUGAAGGAUCCAUUGAAGACCACCCUGACCAAAGACAGUUUCUCAUUCAUUCUGUAGUCUUGUAUGCAUGUGAGAGGAUGCAUAAGACUGCGGAGGGGUCUGAUCAAAGCGUGCACUGACCCCAGACGCCGGUCAACAGACGGGUAUCCAUGAGGACCAUCUGACAGAACAGGAAGAGCAUGGAAGCAGUCGAUCGUAGCGGUUUACCUUACACACUAUGGGUGUGGCGGAUCCCUGCGUAGAGAAGAAACCCUUGUGCUCGUGUUCCUGCCAUUCAAACAUGGAUUCACCUUCCCGAGGGAUGUGGCUCUUCGGGGCUCUGCUGCUCUUGUCCCUGUUCACGAGCAGCCUGGGCAUCCACAUGGACUCGGCGGUGGGCGCUCACAGCAUGUUCACCUGCGAGUCGAUCGGUCUGCGUAUGUGCCAGGAUCUACCCUACAACACCACCUUCAUGCCCAACCUCCUGAACCACUACGACCAGCAGACGGCCGCGCUGGCCAUGGAGCCCUUCCACCCCAUGGUGAACCUGCAGUGCUCUCCAGACCUCCGGCCGUUCCUGUGCGCCCUGUAUGCCCCCGUGUGUAUGGAGUACGGACGGGUGUCUUUGCCCUGCCGGAGCCUGUGUGACCAUGCCAAGAGAGACUGCCAGAAGCUCAUGGAUAUGUUUGGAGUCACCUGGCCGGAAGAGAUGGACUGCAGCAGGUUCCCGGACUGUGACGAGUCUUACCCUCGCGCUGUGGAUCUGCUGGUGAACGAGGAGCCCACUGACCAGUCGCCCAUGUCGGUGCAGCGUGACUAUGGUUUCUGGUGCCCCCGCGAGCUCAAAGUGGAACCCGAGCUCGGCUACACCUUUCUAGGUGUGCGCGACUGCUCCCCUCCCUGUCCCAACAUGUAUUUCCGGCGCGAAGAGCUCACCUUCGCCCGCUACUUCAUUGGCGUCGUCUCCAUCGUCUGCCUCUCCGCUACGCUCUUCACCUUCCUCACCUUCCUCAUCGACGUUACACGCUUCCGCUACCCGGAGCGGCCCAUCAUCUUCUACGCUGUCUGCUACAUGAUGGUGUCGUUGGUGUUUUUCAUAGGCUUCCUGUUGGAGGACCGCGUGGCGUGUAACGCGGCCAAUCCUGCCCAGUUUAAAACAUCCACAGUGACUCAAGGCUCGCAUAACAAGGCCUGCACACUGCUUUUUAUGGUGUUGUACUUCUUCACCAUGGCAGGCAGUGUGUGGUGGGUCAUUCUUACCAUAACCUGGUUCUUGGCCGCUGUGCCCAAAUGGGGCAGCGAAGCCAUCGAGAAGAAGGCCUUGCUCUUCCACGCCAGCGCGUGGGGAAUACCUGGCAUGCUAACCAUAACCCUGCUGGCUCUGAAUAAAAUCGAGGGCGACAACAUCAGCGGCGUGUGUUUCGUGGGCCUAUAUGACGUUCACACUCUUCGCUGGUUUGUGCUGGCGCCGCUGUGUCUGGAUGUCCUGGUGGGAGUUUCGCUGCUGCUGGCCGGGAUCGUAGCGCUCAACAGAGUCCGGAUGGAAAUUCCCCUGGAGAAGGAGAAUCAGGACAAGCUGGUGAAGUUUAUGAUCCGGAUCGGCGUGUUCUCAGUGCUGUAUCUGGUGCCGCUGCUGACCGUGGUGGGGUGUUACCUGUACGAGCAGACGUACCGCGCCGUUUGGGAGAUCACAUGGGUGCAGGAGCGCUGCAGAGAGUACCACAUACCCUGCCCUUUCCAGGUGGAGAAAACCAGCAGGCCUGACCUCGUCCUGUUCCUGAUGAAGUACCUGAUGGUGCUGGUGGUGGGCAUCCCGUCCGUGUUCUGGGUGGGCAGUAAGAAGACCUGUUUCGAGUGGGCCGGCUUCUUCCACGGGCGUAGGCGUAAAGACAGCGGCGCAGUGAACGAGAGCCGGCAGGUUCUGCAGGAGCCCGACUUUGCUCAGUCUCUGCUGCGUGACCCCAACACACCCAUCAUCCGCAAGUCCCGCGGGACCUCCACUCAGGGCACGUCCACCCACGCCUCCUCCACACACCUGGCCAUGCUGGACGACGUGCGGAGCAAAGCCAGCAGCGUCCACAGCAAGAUCAGCAGCUACCAUGACAGAGACGGCAGGUUCACCCCCACCAGCCACAGAGGCAUGGAGGAACGCCCGGCGUACGGGAGCAUGCCUCGACUCAACGAGCAGCUGUCCCAUCACGGAAGCCUUCAUCGCCUCGACAGCCAACCCAGACACGGCAGCUUGCGGGACCUGAGCAACGCACCGGCCACUAGCAUAACGCACGGAUCCAGUAUGAACCGCGUGGUGGAGGAGGACGGGGCAAGUGCGUAACCCAGAGACCUGUCCUCAGAUUUGAGCCUCCAACUGAAACGAGAGGCGUAUAUCUGUUGGCGCGGGAGAGUCCCUGUCCCGUGGGAGCCUGGGAAGCUGUUGACGGACAGACAUGUGCUUUGGCAGCAGCAGGGGAAUCUGAAACUUGAUGCAUGCGCGUUGACAGAGCCGUCCUCAGGAUUUGGCCCAUCGGCGGCGCACCUGAGUAACAAGAUAUGUUUUCUUUGAUACUGUGAAGUUCUGUUGGAUGAAGUUUACUGCAUGUUUCGCAGCGUCAGGAUGAAGCAGGACCGGCCGAGGGGAUAUUUCCCAUUACAUCCAUCGCACAACCUCGUUUAAAGAGUUAAUGGAUCAACGACGCUUGAAGACUGAUGAUAUCAGGUUUCAGACCCUUGCCGAUUCAGAGAGAGGGAGUAUCAGUGGUUUUGUUUCUCGUGGGUAGUUUGGUUGAGAAGGAUCGCAUGGAGAAACGAUGUACCAGAAUCCUCCCCCAACACCUGAUGUGCUUUGUCCCAGCCGCUCUACCUCAUCACACCGGAUCGCUCAUUACACUUGAUAUCGCUUCACUCGUCACAUUACAGAGUUCAAAUGGAUUGAAAGCGGCGA